UUAAAAUUUUGAAAUUUUGAAAUUAUUUAAUAAAAUUGUGGAAUUAAGAAAACAUUAAGUGUGAUGAUGAAUUUCUCAGCAUUUGGAGGUCCGUUUUCUGGUAUACACCAGUUUGCCGCUAAGUUUGGACACGACACUCAAACACCAGGUGCUUUCUCAACACCAGGUAUAAAUGGUAAUACGUCUACUGAUAAUCAUGUGCAACGGUAUCAAACAAAUGGAAAUCAUUUUAAUCAAAAUGUACCAAACGUUUCGGCUGCCAACAACACAAUGCAGUACGGGCAAAAUAUAUCAAUACCGUAUUCACAGCCGCAGACUGACUUGAAUUUUCUUAAUUCGACCGAUCAUAAGAAAAUCCAUCCUAAAAUUGAACGAGACAGGGAGGAAGGUGAGUAUGAAUUAGUAAUAAGAAUUAAAUACAAAUUAGUAGUAAUGUAUAUGACAAUAUACAUGUAUGGUAUAUUCGUUUGCCUGCUUUAA